AUGCCCGCCAUGAAGGGUUUCCUGCGGUCGCUGGGCAGUAGCCGCCGCUCCAGUCCCAGUGAUGAUAGCGAACAGGACCAUCCCGAUGACUCGCCCGAGGCCGUUCUGCUGCGCGAAAUGAAAAUCUUUUGCGAAGCUAGCAGCGGUCCCCAGAGUCAGCAAGGAAACGAGUUUGUCCACCUUCCGCGCAUCGUCGAGACCGCCGAAUCGAGCCCCGCCGCUGCCAAAGAAGCCGCGCAUCGCAUCCGCAAAUACCUCUCCAGCCCGAGCAACACCCCGAACCACGUCCAAUACAAUGCCAUCAUGCUCAUGCGCAUCCUGGCCGAUAACCCGGGCCACAGUUUCACGCGGAACUUCGAUUCCAAGUUUUGUACCACGAUCAAGGAGCUACUGCGCAAUGGCCGUGACUGGCAUGUGCAGCACUAUUUGCGCCAGUACCUAGCCCAUCUGGAGACGAACCGACACUGGGAUGAUGAUCUACAGUUAUUGCUGCAGGUGUGGGCGAAAGAGAAGGCAAAGGGAGGGAGCUCUUUUAUGGAUCGAUACCCUACGGCGUCUGCGGUACAGGCAAAUGGCCAAAUGGCCCAAUAUCCCGCCCCGCAACCUAUGCGUGCACCGGCACCUACCAGAACCCUGCCAGAGCCGGGCGAGCUGGCUGCGCGCAUCGAGGAGGCGAAGAACUCGGCCAAGCUGCUGACGCAGUUUGUUCAGACUACACCGCAGGCUGAGCUGGAGGAGAAUGAGCUGAUCAAGGAAUUCAUCGACCGGUGUCGGACCUCCUCGCGAUACCUACAGGGUUAUAUUCAUUCGACCAACCCGGCUCCCGAUGAGGAGACCCUCCUCACUCUGAUCGAGACCAAUGACGAGAUCUCCGUUGCCUUGUCCCAUCAGCAGCGCGCUAUGCUCAAGGCACGCAAGGCUCGCGGGUCUUCCACCCCGACUUCCAAUAUCAACAGCCCCUCUUCGCCCGCCAGUGAGGUCGUCGCAUCAGGUGGUAUAGGUGCACGUCCUGCUCCUGCUGCAGCUACUGCUGUUCCCACUGAACAAACUCCCGCGCUCGACCCAGUAAAGCGUGAAUCAAGAAGUCCCGAAGAGCAAUCUGCGCCACUGGUAGAACUCCCUUCCACAUUUACUGUCAACCGGUCGACCGCCCUCCGAAGCAAUCCCGACCAAUAUGAAUAUAAAUCGUCCGAUUUCGAGGUGCAGAACCCGUUCGCCGAUGAUAAUGCGGCGAGCGACUCGGAUGCUGAGCGGCCUCAGCAACAGCCGCAUGCCACGGCGGCCACUUCCACGGAGGGACGUGUGCGUUUCCAGCCUACUGAGCAGGAACGUUAA